AGCCGGGCUCCCGCGAUGGGACCCAGCUGCAGUGGGUACCUGUGCUCUGGACGCAGGCCCAGGGACGAGGAGCCCGACACUGCGGCUCCCCACGAAGGCUUUCAGGGGCGGAAGGAGCAACCGCUGCAUACUGACAGCGCGCCGCCAGCUGCGGUCCCCGUCUCCUCCGGGAAAGCAGAAACACUUCCGGGAGCACCAUGUGGAUUUCUUAUGGAAGUAUGUGUAGAUUCAGUGGAGUCGGCCAUGAAUGCAGAAAGAGGAGGUGCUGGUCGGAUUGAAUUAUGUGCUGGCUUACUGGAAGGAGGAACCACACCCAGCAUGGGUAUUCUUCAAGUAGUAAAACAAAGUGUCCAGAUUCCAGUUUUUGUGAUGAUCCGACCACGGGGAGGUGACUUUUUGUAUUCAGAUCGUGAAGUUGAAGUGAUGAAGGCUGACAUUCGUCUUGCCAAGCAUUAUGGUGCUGAUGGUUUGGUAUUUGGGGCAUUGACUGAAGAUGGACACAUUGACAAAGAUCUGUGCAUGUCUCUUGUGGCUCUUUGCCGUCCUCUGCCAGUCACUUUUCACCGAGCCUUUGAUAUGGUUCAAGAUCCAAUGGCAGCUCUGGAGACUCUCUUAACCCUGGGAUUUGAACGUGUUUUGACCAGUGGAUGUGACAGUUCAGCACUAGAAGGACUGCCUCUAUUAAAGCAACUCACAGAUGAGGCAAAAGGCAGGAUUGUGGUGAUGCCAGGAGGUGGCAUAACAGAUAAAAAUCUUCAAAGGAUCCUUGAAGGUUCAGGUGCUACAGAAUUCCACUGUUCUGCUCGAUCUUCUAGAGACUCAGGAAUGAAGUUUCGAAACUCCUCUGUUGCAAUGGGAGCUUCGCUUGCUCAUUCAGAAUAUUCUCUGAAGGUAACAGAUGUGACAAAAGUAAGGACUUUGUAUGCUAUUGCAAAGGAUAUCCUAGUUUAGUUAAACUUCUGUGAGAGACAUGGAUGUCACAGUGUGAAGGUAGAAGUAGAACCUUCAGCUCUCCACAUGGCCAUGGAGUAUGCUUCUAAGAAGAAAAGAAAUUGGAACAGCAAUGCAAUCAUUUUCUUUGCCAGUCAUUGCUGUCAUUGUGGCUAAAUUUAUUCUGUGCUUCUUCCACAGAGAUAGACUUAGUCAGUUUUCAGUGGAAUUAACUGAUAAACUGGCAAAGUUCAACUACAAGGUAUGAAAUCAGAAUUUGGUUAAGGGUCAGUUUUGUACCACAUAUUUUGCCUUUUUGUUUGUAAAAUAAAAAUUCUCAUUAUAUUGUA